AAUUUCUGUGACAUCAACUUGGAUGAGCUAAACAAUAAGAUGACGAUAAAAAGUAAUUUAACAUAGUAGUUUUCACAAACUUUAUGUUUUGAUCGAAAAAUGUUACAAUUUGUCUUAAAAACGGUAACGUUACAAUAUUUGCCCCCUCUUGUGAAUGCAAUAAUCCAAGAUGGCUGCGCCCAUAGAAAUUUGCAGAUUUUGUAGGCUGGCCAGAUUUGGCUUUCUUGUUAGAUCCAUAGGGAGUAGAUCCACGAUAGAUUCAGACAAGUGCACUGUACAAUAUGGGGACAGCAUUAACAUUAAUACCCAAUUGUCCAGAUACUAUGUGAGUGAGGCAGCCAGGCAGAAUGUAAUCCGUAUACCCCAGUACUUAAACCGGAGACUAGACCAGAUUAAAAAAGCCAAGUCACUUGGGAAAAACUCAGUUCCUCUGGCCAGACCAGGUAGGAUCAUCAUUUCCUGUAAGAGGAAAGAGUUUAACCACUAUGGAGGACAGAGCCUGGGCAAGUUUGACAUCCCCACACUGGCCUCACAAGGCUGGAAACACAAGAAGUCAGUCGGAGACCACUUCACUAUAGUGGGCUAUACUAAGAACCCAGCCCUGCUCCCAGAGGAGAAGGAUACAGACAAGGAGAAGGUUGUAGCUGGAGAAGGAGGGGACAGACCACUAACUACUUUUGGGGGGCUCCCGUUGGAGGAAGGCAUCUUGGAAGGACUCCGUUCCAUGAAGAUGGCAGUACCUACAAAAAUCCAGGCAGCUGCCAUACCUGCCAUACUGAGUGGGAAGAAUGUCUUGUGUGCUGCAGAAACAGGAAGUGGUAAGACCCUGUGUUAUGUGGUUCCCCUCCUGCAAAGUCUCCUGCCUGUAGUGAGAGAGCCAGACACAGACAUGGCACGGAGAGAACUGGGGCGCCCUCUAGCUGUCAUAGUGGUGCCUGCAAGGGAGCUGGCUGAACAAGUCAUGAAAGUGUUGACAAGUUUCAACACUGCGAUGCUGAAACCUUUCCAGAUGCAGAUGGUAGUAGGAGGACAGGGAAUUGGCAACAUUAAGAAAAAACUGGAGAAGUGUGUUGACAUUCUUGUUAUUACUCCUGGAGCAUUGAACAAGGCUCUCCAUAAAGGUUUCCUAGGAAUGGACUGGGCACAGUGCCUGGUUUUAGAUGAAAUAGACACCCUUCUGGAUGACAGCUUUUCAGAACUGACACUUGAAGCUAUCUCAUGUUGUCAGGUGAGAGUUUCCGAGGUUGGCGGGGUCGGGGACGGUACCCAGGUCAUCAUGGCGGGAGCGACCAUGCCCAAACGUACCGCGGAGGUGCUCGGUGAAGUCGUGCCUAUGGAGUCAUUAGUGACGGUGACAACCCCAGCCUUACACAGGGUCAUGCCUCACGUGUCACAGAAGUUCCUACGGGUCAAGUCUAGCAGCAAGGCUGCUACAGUUCUGGAGCUUGUCAAACAGGACGUGAACGAAGGCUGUCCCGUCAUUGUCUUUUGCAAUACCUUCUCGUCUGCUGAUUGGCUGUCGCACACACUGAGGGAAAACAACAUCAAACACUCCAAGAUUACGGGCAAGUUGAGCGCAACUGUAAGACUCGGUAUCUUCAAAGAAUUCCAGGAUGGCUUGACUGAUGUACUAGUGUGCACAGACAUUGCCUCAAGAGGACUGGAUACUGUUAGGGUUCAGCAUGUGAUAAACUUUGACUUCCCCGGUGUGGUGUCAGAUUACAUCCACAGAGUGGGGCGUGUGGGGAGGGUGGGCAGCAGGGUCACAGGGAAGGUCACCAGUCUGGUGUGUCAGCCCUAUGAGGUAGACAUGCUCUGGAAGAUUGAGACGGCUGUGAGGAGACAGACAGAGCUGAAGGGAGUGGAUGCCAACAUCACCAGGAAAAUAGCCAAGAGAUUCAUGGAUGAGUGGGACUUUCCUGAGGAUUGAAAUAACAGAAAACAUCUGACAGAAAACAUAAAAACAUGUACCCCUUAGGCCUAUACCAGCACAUUAUACCUUUCUAUACUGCUGAAACACUUUUUGCUAUUUAUUUUGUCAAGUAGCUAUCCUCAUUAACUGUAUUUUCCUGUACAUGAAAUGCAUAUAAUGCCAUGAAUCAGUCAAACAAUCAUCAGUUUUUUUCUACCAAACAUUACAGCUAUCUCAUCAAACAUUGCUACCGUGGUCUGUAUAGAGCUUUUGUUACCGCAAUGUGUCCCUCCACAAACAUACAGUAUACAUACAGAAUAGAUACAUACAGAAUUCUGCCAAGCCACAUUCGGUGUCUUUCCUUCAAAUGCCCUUAAAUUUUUACCAACUUUGAGUUCUACCUUCAUUCACAUACCAUACGUGCAGUUUUCAACUUUGGCAAGAGCUAAGAUAUCUAAGCCAUUGCCAAAGAGUAUUUUUAUUGAAGGCAGAUGUUAUAAAACCAUAGUAGCUGUUCAUUUUGUGGAUUCAUGGAGGUUCAUUUGUAAUUAACCCAGCAUUCAUAUCAGGUAACCUAUUAAUUAGUUGUCCACUUAAACCUUAUAACAUGUGGUGAGCUGGAAUGAGAUGGCUGCCUUCCCAGAUUUACUGGGCUGGUUUGAUUUGUAGCUCUGUGGGAAUCUGACUCUCUGAACUGAGGUGCUGAGGGUAGGUCUGAUCUGUCGUAUAUUUUCCCGUGGAUAGAAAAGGGAUCUUUCUCUUAAAGAGAAGAGGGUAGAUUACAGAAAAACAUGUAUCUUAUUCGAAUAUUAGAAUCUGUGCAGAAUUCACACCAAUAAGGCAACUGAAGAUUAGAACCUUUUUACUGUUUUCAUAUCCAAAAUGUUGUAUAGGUCACCAGAGUUUUUUUAAGUCAUGCAGAAUUUUCGAACCUUGACAAACUAUGUUUCAUAGCAAAUAUCACCACAUGCACACUUAAUGCAGUUGUUGAAAGUAAAAGUCUUCACACACAAGGGAAAUUUCAUUCCUAAUCAUUUUUUUUAUUCAUAGUUCAAAAUCUUAUUGCAACAAACAAUGACACAGACUCACAUUUUGAAAACUCCAUUCGAUAAUCCUAAAAACUUUGAUAUGUAUAUAUAUUUACACCAUAAUUUGUUUGACAUCUUCUAAACCUACAAAUACAUCCACAAGCUACACAAUGAUUUUUUACAUCUUCAGUGACAAUUGCAUAAUAUUUUUGCUGUUUCACACUUUAAAGGAUUUCUUUUAUGAUAUGAUUCCUAAGAGCUUCUGAGUGAGGUACUACCUACUUGAUCAUCUAAUCUAUAGAUUCCUAUUACUAGUACCCCAUGAAACUUACCACGUGGCUCUUGAUUGAUGACAAUAAAAAUAAACUGUAAAGCUGUUACAUGCAAAACAAAAUUUAGCCGCUUUUUGUAUAAGUUUUCUCAGUAUAAACAUCGCCACCAAUAUGGUGAUAAAUCCAGAAAUGGAAAAUUUGAACUUUCUUUGGAAAGGGGAUUGAGGUACACUCUCCGGGGACAGUAGCAGUCCUGGAAGCUGAAUAUAUGUCUGUUCUGUCAUGGGCACAUUUGGUGAACUUGCCACUUUUAAAAAGCAAAGAAAACUAGUUUUGCAAUUAGAAACUACUUUCAACCUGAAAAAACGCAGCACAUAGAAGAACUAGAUGGAUGGAAUAAGAGGUAACAUCUGUGUCCAUAACAUCACCAUAGUCCAUAAUAUCGCCACCUUGAGAAAAAGUGUACUUUAAGAUACUUUUACU